AUGGCCAUGCCACAAAUUAGUCAAGCCGACCAGGCUAAAUUGCAGUUAAUGCAAGAAAUGGAGAUUGAAAUGAUGUCCGACUUAUAUAAUCGUAUGACAAAUGCCUGCCACAAGAAAUGCAUACCACCACGUUAUGGCGAAGCUGAAUUAGGUAAGGGUGAAAUGGUCUGUAUUGACCGCUGUGUGGCCAAAUAUUUGGAUAUACAUGAAAAAAUUGGCAAAAAACUAACGGCUAUGUCCAUACAAGAUGAGGAGCUAAUGAAAAAGAUGUCUGGCUAAGCUACUUAAAAAGCCAACAACAACUCGGGCCGCAAAACUAAUUUAAAAAUAAACCAAUAAUUUUUACUAAAGUAGUUUUAAGUUUGCUGACUUUAAACGCCAGUUCUGCGCUGUUUCCAACUUCCUUUUGUUGACACUUUCCUUAGUAUGGCUGUCGAUGGUGCGAUACCUGACAGCACACCAUUGCAACAUUUUGCUGUGCAAAAAUAUAAUAUUUAAAUGUAAAUGUAUGUGACUGCAUUUCAUAUGAGUAAUCCUACUCCACUUAUAGUUCAAUAAAAACCAUUUUGUUUUAAAAUAAAAUUAAAA